UCCAGACAGUGCACAGCCUAGCAGUGCCCCGCGCGUUCCACACCAUCUCACACACACACACACGCACACUCUCUCUCUCUCUCCCUCUCUCUUCCUCCCGCUGUGUACUCGACGUGUGUGUUUAACCUGUGUGCGUGUAUCGUCUAUGCGUGGUUUGGCUAUGCUACUACACCAGUCUGUGUUGUGAUUUUGUACGCACAAUCAUUGUUUUCAACUUGUUGAAGAUUUCUCUAGGAAAGAUAGUCCGCUGGUCUUGGAUACCGUGAGCUGAGGCUGCCCCUCGCUCUGGCCCAACUGCAAGGUUGUCCGGCGUUCCAGAAAACCCGUUGCGACGGAUCCAUCAGCCGUUCCAGCGUCUUCCUCGACAGACCGGCAAGUGUGGUGACCGCUCAGUGACUGCCGUGUGGCUGGUGCUGCUCACUCGCGGGAUCAGCAAGAACUCCUGGCAGCUCUGGCUUCUCAGCUGACCGACUUGUGUUUCACUCCAAGAACGUGACCCUCCCCAUUUGUUCCCCCUCCCCUUUAGUGAACGUGAGUGGAAAAGGAUCCCAAGUUCAGAUAUCACGAGAGCUUCCUGUCUCAGAGUCCCUGCUAACAUCACGAUUGUGUUCAAUAUUGUUAAAUUGAGAGUUAGUCCAGGGCAACUGAGUCUGUUGUACGAGAUAGCGUCGCCAAGUGUCCAGUGUCACCCCCUUCCCUUAAGUUGUGUGCCAGUAUACUUGUGUUGGAUAUAAAAUUGAUUAAGAAAAGAUUUAUCAGUUUAAGCUCUCGCUGAUUCCUCUUUGAAAAUUCGUACCUCCUUUUAAUAUUGGUCACUCAACGGCACAAUGCUGAUCAACAUGGCCGCGUACCAUAACGCCCUCAUCGACACUUCGUACCCGCCCCACCACCUGCCCGCCAUCAACGGCGUGGGUGUCAACGGCGUGUCUGCGGCUCACCUCAACGGCCACGCUGGCGGGCCGCUGAGCCACUCCGGAAGCCCCGGAAGUAGCCACCAGCCUGCCAGCGGACACCAACACCCAGGCCAGCAGCAGUCACAACAGCAGCAACAGUCUCAACACCACCACCAGCAGUUGGUGGCCUCCCUCAGUCAUCCUGGCCACCAGCACCAUGCCGCCUCACCGCCACAUAAAGAACAUGACGCCAUCAAACUCUUUAUCGGUCAGAUCCCCAGGCACAUGGAAGAGAAAGAUCUGCGCCCACUCUUUGACGAGUUCGGCAAGAUCUACGAGUUUACCGUGCUCAAGGACAAGCUUACCGGCAUGCAUAAAGCGGGUGAAGUGGGGUUAGCUGUGAGUGAAGUGGGGUCAGCUGUGAGUGAAGUGGAGUUAGCUGUGGGUGAAGUGGGGUUAGCUGUGAGUGAAGUGGGGUUAGCUGUGGGUGAAGUGGGGUUAACUGUGGGUGAAGUGGAGUUAGCUGUGGGUGAAGUGGAGUUAGCUGUGGGUGAAGUGGAGUUAGCUGUGGGUGAAGUGGAGAUAACCACGGGUGAAGUGGUGUUAGCUGUAGGUGAAGUGGAGUUAGCAGUGGGUGAAGUGGAGUUAACAGCGGGUGAAGUGGAGUUAACAGUGGGUGAAGUGGAGUUAACAGCGGGGAAGUUGGAGUUAACAGCGGGUGAAAGUUAG